UGUGGCGUCGAGCCAUGUAAACAAUCUCGGAACCUUCUCUGUCAAAGAUUUACUGUAUAAUUAGGUUCGCAAUUGUUCAACAAAUAAGGAGCCAAUGAGUUAUUUAAGGGAAAACAAGGGAAAUAUUAAUUGAUAACAAUGGCUGAUAGGGCUAUCAAGCUGUUAGUCAUCGGAGAAAGCGGUGUGGGCAAAUCCAGCUUAAUACGGCGCUUUGUCGAGAACAAAUUCGACGAGAAUCAUGACGUCACAAUCGGCAUGGACUUUAAAAGCAAGGUGAUGAAUGUCGACGGCACUGACUACAAAGUAGCACUCUGGGACACUGCGGGAGCCGAAAGGUUUCGCAGUCUAACACCGAGCUUCUAUCGGAAGGCUCUUGGCGCCAUCCUGGUCUACGAUAUCACGAACCGCGACUCCCUGGUCAAACUCGAGGCCUGGCUCGCCGAGCUGGACAGCUACAGCGAUAAUCCUAACAUAGCCAUAAUCGUUGUGGGCAAUAAAAUCGACCAGGAGCGUGUUGUGGAUCGGGAGGAGGGGCGCAAGUUUGCCCGAAAGCAUCGUGCGCUUUUCAUAGAGACCUCGGCCAAAUGCGACCAGUUCGUUAGUGAUGUGUUCAAGGAUAUUGUCGAGAAGAUUGUAUCCUCCGAGUAUUUUGGCAAUGGAAAUGGGUCCAAUGGCAUGGAUAUUGGCAAUGGCAAUCAAGAUCGGGAGGAAACUGCAUCGACGUGUUAUUGUUGAUGUCCGUGUGUUUUAGCCAGAUGUUAUGUGUGCUUUGUCAAAUGUUUAGCCUGUAUUUUCUUAAUCGUUUCAAUAUCAUUAGCAUAAAGUCAACCCAACCAUUCAACUUGUUUCGCCUAUGAAGCCCAUGUUCGUUCGUACACUCGAACGCAUUGGCCUGUAAUGAACGCAAAACUUAAAUAGUUUCAUAGAAUAAUAAAAAGAAUAACUGUCAA